CAGUUUACACGGGGCUGCGUUUCCAUCGAUGUGAGCCUCUGGGCGCACACCCACAACUCGACCGAGGCAUCAUUCUUUGUCAAAGUUGGCGGCGCUUUUCAAAAUACCCUUCACAUUAGAGCCAGGAAGCAUCUUGACAUACAGGCUACGAAAGCAGCCGCCCCCGGAUGAGCGUCCAUGGGCAAUUGGGAAGAGGAGAAGGUGCCACCGCAAUACGCCGUUGCGCUGGGCGAAGUCUAUAUGGUUCAAAAGUCACUGGACAAGCGUAGCGUCCCGGAUAAGGUGACGUCCACCAGCUACUUACUCCUCAUGAAUAUCGGGUCCUCGCGCAUGUCUGUCUGGAUGAUAUACCGAUACGAGCAAGCCGAACCCCGCAGCAAGGUUGCCUGCGACGAACUAUCCUUUUAGAAGGAGAAAAGCCGCAAUGUCUCCAUGGGGGGCGAGUUUAACAC